UGCUGCUGCUGCUGCUGCUGCUUCUUCUUCUUCUUCCGCAGGAGAACUAGAAGGUCGUCCGGCACGAAGAUCUUCUCGGUCCAACUGGAUAUCAUGAAUCUUCUUAGCAGGCUGACCUGGUCUUGUGCUGGAGUAUUUAGAAAAAUCUAGACAAAGUCUCAAACAGAGAUAUUUCCAGACUGGAAGAAAGAGGAUACUUCAUUAUCCUGGGUGUUCUAUUGUAAUGGGAAACAGUAGCUCCAAGAAAACAUCUUCACGUUUUCCAAGAAACAGGAUGAAAGACAACUCUGCAUGUACACAACAGAGAUACUUUAAGCAAAAGCCCAAGGUGUGUGAACUGCCACUGUACAAAGAAGCCAGUGGUCAUACUGGUGCCCAAGAAGCUCACAGCAGCAAUGAAGAAGCUGGGGAGAUAUUUUACAGAUUUGUAAUUCUUCAUGCUGACGAUGAUGUAGAGGAAGCUGUUAGAGUCCAGGACUUGCUGCAAAAUGAAUUUUGUAUUAAACCGGGUAUAGUCUUUGCUGAAAUGCCUAGUGGUAGGCAUGUGUUAGAAAAUUUACAGGAAGCUGUGAAUGGCUCGGCAUGGACAAUUAUCUUGCUGACAGAAAACUUCUUGAAGGAGCUUUGGUGUGAAUUUCAGUUUCAUGCUUCUUUGUUCAAUGCACUGACCACACCACACAAAUGCAACACAGUUAUACCAAUGAGGCCACGGAAUAACCCACUGUCAAAGGAGAGAAUUCCUUUCAUUCUCCAGACAAUUAAUGCACUGCACGAAGAGAGCCCUGGAUUUUCAGAACAAGUAAAGCAAACUUUCCAGGAGUCUAGAUACAGACAACAGCAAGCAGUAUGGAGGAAUGAAAAAAAGAAGGAAGAGCCAUGAGUGCUGUUGGACUGGUGAAGGUUUAAGAACAAUUCAACUGACUUUGAAGGUGAUUUAUUUGAUCAGUGGAUUCAUGGUCCAUGUCCAAGCUAAUAAUGCCCUGGUAUCCCCAAACUGGGGAUAUGCUUGGGUGGGAGUUUACUAUUCAUAUGCAUCAUUUUCUUGAUGUUUAUAUCCAGACUGUCCCACCUUUUCAGCCGCAGCAGAAAAGCCUCCUAGACAAAUCUGAGCUCAUGAAUACCCUGAAGGAGGCUUUGGCUUAGUUGUAGAGCAUAUCCCCUGCAUGCAGAAGGCCUCGGGUUCAAUCCCAGUUAUGAAAGGAUCUUAGGUAGCAGUAGUCCUGAGAUCUUGAAGUACCACUGAAGUGAGAGUAGUGGAUGUACUGAACUAGAUGGACAAAUAGUUUGACUCCAUAUAGGGCAGCUGUGGUUGAAGAAACAGCUCUUUUUUUCAGAAAGUUGAAAGAGGGAUCAGUGACCACAGUGAAUACAUUCAAAUGACCUUUGACUGUUAAGGUUUUGCAAAUUUUUCUGUUUCAACAACCUUAAAUAUACUGAGAUCAUGCACAUGGCCACCAGCUGCCACUUGGGAGAGCUGUGGGGAAGGCAGGAGCUUGCCAGCCUUCCCUGGCAGAUGAGUGGGGACCAUCUUUCCCUUUGCCACAUGCUCACAUGAGUGGCGGUGUGGUGGAGGAAAAUGCUGGGAUCAGGAGGAGGGAGUCCUCCCACAUCCCAAAGAACUGCACCAGCAGAGACAAUGGCUGCUCUCAUUAGAGCAGUUGAACUUGGCGUGCCCACUCCUUCCUUCCGGCUUGCUGCCCAAGAUGGCUGCUGGCCUGGGGGAAGCCUUCUCCCUGGUGGCAGUUGCCUAGUCCAUCACCCACAGUUCGUUCUACCUUGGUAAACAGCUGGAGCAGCCAAGAGCAGAGGACUCCCAGUGCUCCAGAGGACAUGAGCUGAUGGAGUAAUCUCCAAAAUGUCUUCAUGUUAAGCUACAAGAGUAAAACUUAUCUACACAACUGUUUUGAAGAAGUUCUUGAAUCCACACCACUGAAGAAGGCUGAGAAGCAGCCGAAAUGUGUCUGGAGCAUGGUAAAGAAUCAUUGGACAUAUUUCUCAAAAGCAGUUGAUAUUUUUAUAUGGACUUUGGUAUAUUGUAAAGAAAUACUGGAUAAACCUCUCUGACACUGUGGAUAUUUUCAUAUGGAUUUUCAAGAUAUAUCCCUGGAGCUGUAUUAAAGAUGGCAUACUGACUCUUAGUACACCAUCUGGGAAUUAUAGAAGAGAAGAGAUAUUCUCUGGACUUUUAAGAGACUAUGUUUACAGACCUUAUUAUAGCAGUGUAUUUUUCCAUGUGUAUUUUUAAGGUGUGAGUAACUGGAAGGAUUUUAGUAUUGGGGAUCUAUAUAUUGGAAAUCAUGAAGGUUUAUUAUUUAUUAAACAAAUUUGAUUAAAGUGGGA